GCCUGGUCAGACAAUGGUGCUUUUUACAGACUCUUUGCAGAGUUGUGUCCUGGCGUUGAUUGGCACAGUAACAUGCCUCUACUACUUUGUUAAGUAUAGUUGGGAACUUCUGGUUGGUAUCAGGACUUAUGUCCUGGCCAGAUUUUGGAAGAUAAAUCUGAUAUCUUACGGGGAAUGGGCUGUUAUAACAGGUGCAACCUCCGGGAUUGGAAAAGCCUACGCUCAUGAGUUGGCAAGAAGAGGACUCAAUGUGGUGCUGAUCAGCCGGUCAUUGGAGAAGCUCAGAGCCACAGCAGAGGAAAUAGAACAGCAGCAUGGGAAGAAAACCAAGAUCAUUCAGGCCGACUUUACUUUUGGCGCUGAGAUUUAUGGGCCGAUUGAGGAAGCGCUGAAGGACCUGAACAUCGGCAUCCUGGUGAACAAUGUUGGGAAGUUUUACCAAGCGCUUCCGGGUUAUUUUCUAGAUCCCCCAGAUGUUGAAAAGGCAAUUCUUGAUAUUAUGAACUGCAAUGUACUUUCUGUACUGAUGAUGACCAGAAUUGUCCUCCCCAACAUGGUGAAAAGGAAAAAGGGCAUCAUCAUCAAUAUUUCUUCAGAAGCUGGGACUCACCCACAUCCAGUGAUCACCAUGUAUUCAGCUACAAAGGCCUUUGUUGACUUCUUUUCUCAAGCACUGAAUACAGAGUACAAGCAAAAUGGGAUUAUCAUACAGUGUGUAUUGCCUCUCCUGGUCUCCACUGGCAUGACAUAUGAAAUGGAAACCACUUUUUUUGUGAAGAAAGCUGAUGACUAUGUCCGGGAAGCCCUGAACACUGUUGGGAUAAGAGAGCGGACAAAUGGCUGCUGGUCCCAUGCCAUGCAGGCAAGUGCUAAAGUUUCUGCUGUGCUUUACCUUGAAGGGAUGGGAAACUUCCAAUUCCGAGCGCACCGACAGGCAACAUGGCCGAGGAAAGACCUGAUGAUUUGGAUUGAAACCAUCCGCAACCUGGACCUGCCUGGUCUUGUGUCUAAAGCUCCAAAGUCCAAUAUCCAGGAUGCGUUUUUCUGUGAGAAAUGCAGAAUUGGAAAAAUGGAACAAAAUUGGCUUGAAAGGAAGGAUCCUUGA